AUGACGCAACCAACCAAGUUCCGAUACUCAACUGGAGUUCUAGAGCCAAAAGACGCUCCCAAAUUCGAUUGGGAAUAUCCUAUUCCUGUCAUAAAAUUCUGGAAUAGCUUCAGCUAUGUCUCCGCGAAGAACUUUCUUCUUAGCUUCGAUAAGAACGAAGUUUCGGCACUAAACCUCGAUACAAAACAUUGCGACUUGAGCCACAAAGAAAAAGCAAAUCUCCUGCUCGACACAGUCAAAGGCAAAAUCACCUCCCUCGAUGCAAGCUCUAAGUCUGGCAAUGCCCCAUAUAAACCGUUAUGGGAAACCGACUUCCCUACUUGGCAAAACCUUAUGCAAGCCGCUAUCUGUAUGUACGGAGAGCUUGGGCAGCUGGACGAAGAGAUCGAAGCCGAGGAACAAAUCAUCCUAAGGCGGGGUGACAAGGGAAUUGCGGCACAAGCACAUGGGCUCGCUGAGCUGUUGGCGAAGCGGGGCAAGCAGGAUGACUGUGAGAAAGCUGAGGAUCUGGAAAAGAAGGGCUUGCCUUGGUUCGACGAGCAUUUGGGGCCAGACUCUCCCCAGGCCUUGUCCGUCAGAAGGGUCCUACUGGCUGCUGUGUGGCGCCAAGGGAAGUAUGAUGAAGCUGACAAGUUGAAGGCCGAGCUGACUGGACUGAUUGACGGGCUGGGAAAGAGUAAGUAUAGUGCAUAUCAGGAUGAAGAGAGACAGCUGCUGGAGGGACUCGUAAAGGGAUUAGAGUCGAAGAAGAAGGGCAACUAA